AACAUUAUCAGCAUCUACGCUUUACUUUUGAUUUCAAAUUACGUCUCAAAUACUCCAAACCACUUACUAUUCACCGGUAUAAAUCAUGAAGGGAAUUUUAAAGAUGAAGCUUACAUUAAUGUCCAUCAAGCUGCUUAUCACAGAUUCCCCAGAUCUGGAGAUGACUCCGGCAUAGUCAUGGUUAUAGAUGGUUCUCUUACCCAGGAACUCACCAUGCGAUCUAUUGCGCAGGAAACAUGGUAUUUUCCAAAAUUAUGGCGAGAAUUAUGGGUGGACAGCUAUUAUGGUUAUGAGGUUAUGUACGACGUCUUGGAGUCUGGAGCUUAA